CAAAAACAAAUAAAGGUAAAGUUCUUAACGGCUUUGUAGAGAUAGGAAUCAUUAAUUUUAGAGAAAAAAAAAUCUUGAAUUGUACGUUUACCUUUCCAGAAUUACAUUAUUUGUUGGCUUUUAAUUGUUAAUCAUUUUUGUUGUGUUUUUCCUCCAAAUUAUAAAAUUUAAAAACUGUGUCAGGGAAUUUAGGAAUCUAAUAUAGUUGGACGAUUUCGUAUUAAUAAAGAUUUUCAAAAAAAGAGUCUGCUCUAAUCGUUAUUUGGGGGUAAAUUGAUUCUAUAAGGUAGGGUUAGCCAGAGAGCCUUAUUCUGUGUUUUGGGUUAAAGUGAGACCAAAUAAAUUAAGAUAUUUAAAAUGAAUAAUUAAGAGCACUUAAGACAAUAAUUAACCCAGAAGGAGAAGCUGGUGUAGUGGUGGUUCUCAUGGCGAUGUUGGUUUCCCAGGAAAGGUAAAAGAGACGGAGACGAACCAAAACAAGGAAGAAAGAAGAAGAUCUUACAUACGAAGAUCACUCUCUGAUUCACUCUGAGAGACAAACUGGUUUACUUUGGUUCUGUUUGACAAAAGGAGACAUGCAAAAAUAAAUCUCUAUCCCUUGUUUUUCUUCUUCGCUUCAUCGAUUACUCAAAGAGGUUGUUGGUUGUGAGAAUAAUUAGCUUGUUAAGGAAGACGUUAUGAUGCAUCAGAUGUUGAAUAAGAAAGAUUCAGCUACUCAUUCCACUUUGCCAUACCUUAAUACUAGCAUCUCUUGGGGAGUGGUUCCAACUGAUUCCGUUGCUAAUCGUCGCGGUUCUGCUGAAUCACUAAGCUUGAAGGUUGAUUCAAGACCUGGGCAUAUACAAACUACAAAGCAAAUCAGUUUUCAGGACCAAGAUUCAUCUUCAACACAGUCCACUGGUCAAUCUUAUACUGAAGUUGCUAGUAGUGGUGAUGAUAAUCCUUCCAGACAAAUCUCCUUUUCGGCUAAAUCAGGAUCUGAAAUAACUCAACGGAAGGGGUUUGCAAGUAAUCCUAAACAAGGCUCGAUGACUGGAUUUCCGAAUAUUCACUUUGCUCCUGCACAGGCUAAUUUCUCAUUUCACUAUGCUGAUCCACAUUAUGGUGGUUUAUUAGCUGCAACUUACCUACCACAGGCACCAACAUGCAAUCCUCAAAUGGUGAGUAUGAUUCCUGGUCGUGUUCCUUUACCAGCAGAGCUCACAGAAACUGAUCCAGUCUUUGUCAAUGCGAAGCAAUACCACGCAAUUAUGAGGAGGAGACAGCAACGUGCUAAGCUUGAGGCUCAAAACAAACUAAUCAGAGCCCGUAAGCCCUAUCUUCAUGAGUCUCGACAUGUUCAUGCUCUUAAAAGGCCAAGAGGAUCUGGUGGAAGAUUCCUAAACACCAAAAAACUUCUUCAAGAAUCCGAACAGGCUGCUGCUAGAGAACAAGAACAGGACAAGUUAGGCCAACAGGUAAACAGAAAGACCAACAUGUCUAGAUUCGAAGCUCAUAUGCUGCAGAACAACAAAGACCGCAGCUCAACCACUUCUGGCUCAGACAUCACCUCUGUUUCCGACGGUGCUGAUAUCUUUGGACACACUGAAUUCCAGUUUUCAGGUUUCCCAACUCCGAUAAACCGAGCCAUGCUUGUUCAUGGUCAGUCUAAUGACAUGCAUGGAGGUGGAGACAUGCACCAUUUCUCUGUCCAUAUCUGAGACAGUGGAUCUUGGUGCUGUGUUCAUGUUCCCACCAAGAAGGGGAAGUCAUCCUUGGCUACUACUAGUUCUUUCGCUUGUUGUAACUUCAGUGUUUUUAUUUCAUAUUAUGUCUGUGUUAGACAUCACAAGAACGACCAAGAUCUUCACUUUGAAACACUCUAUUACCUUUUCAUCUUCUGUUACCAUGGAUCUCUUGUCUAAACUAGUGAUAUGAUUCUUCUGAUAAACUUUCAAUUCCUCUUUUGUUUUUUUCAGGAUUUAUAUAUGUUUGUUUUUGCUUCAUUUGUGUCGGCAAUGAAGAAGUCUCCUUAUUCUGUUUGAAAAUGGCGAAGAAAAAUACAGAUUCUGGUUCCACUCCAUUGAUUUCUGUGAAGAGACACAUUCGGAUUCUUGAAGUAUUUUACAAUUUAGUUGACAAUGUUUAAGAAAACAUUUAAUGAAGAAUCCAGUAUAUAUUAGAUUAUGUCUUAUUCUUGAUACACUUCUUAUAAAUAAAGUAAAAAAGGUUGAAAGAUUCUACUUUGAGUCUCAUUUUAUCUGUCUGAGAAGAU